CUCGCAUCAUUACCCGCUGUGACCGACACUCUCCCCUUCCCCCCGGACCCGGGCGUGACCUCCUCUCCUCACUCUCUUCUUCGCCUCUCCUCUUCGUCCUCGGUUCCCUUUUCCUCUCCCACAUCUUCCUUGGUCUCGGGUUUCCUAUCCUCGACAUCUUUAUCGCUCAUCCCAUUCUUUUCAACUUGCGUCAUUGUCGCUCUUUGAGUCGUUCUUUCAGGUGUCGCCCAUCAUGAAGUCCGUCUCUUUGCUCACAGCAUCUAUGCUGUUGGGCUACACCUCCGCCGAGGUCCACAAGCUCAAGCUUAACAAGGUCUCCCUUGACGAGCAGCUCACCACCCACAACAUCGACGCCCAUGUCCGCGCGCUGGGCCAGAAGUACAUGGGCAUUCGCCCCAACAUUCACAGUGAACUCCUCCAGGAGACUCCCAUCAACGACUUGAGCCGUCACGACGUUCUUGUUGAUAACUUCAUGAACGCACAGUACUUCUCGGAGAUCGAGCUUGGUACUCCCCCUCAGACGUUCAAGGUCGUCUUGGACACUGGCAGCUCCAACCUGUGGGUUCCUUCUUCGGAGUGUGGCUCCAUCGCCUGCUACCUGCACAACAAGUACGACUCGUCGUCAUCCAGCACAUACAAGAAGAAUGGCAGCGAGUUCUCUAUCCGCUACGGCUCUGGCAGUCUCAGCGGCUUUGUUUCUCAGGACACCCUCAAGAUUGGGGACCUGACUGUCAAGGGACAGGAUUUCGCUGAGGCCACCCAGGAACCUGGGUUGGCGUUUGCUUUCGGCCGAUUCGACGGCAUUCUCGGAUUGGGCUAUGACACCAUUUCCGUUAACAAGAUCGUUCCCCCCUUCUACAACAUGCUGAAGCAGGGACUUCUGGACGAGCCUGUCUUUGCGUUCUACCUUGGAGAUGCCAACAAGGAGGGCGAUAGCUCCGUGGCCACCUUUGGCGGUGUUGACAAGAGCCACUACACUGGCGAGCUGAUCAAGAUCCCUCUCCGCCGCAAGGCCUACUGGGAGGUGGAUCUCGACUCCAUUGCCCUUGGUGAUGAUGUUGCUGAGCUUGAAAACACUGGUGUCAUUCUCGACACCGGUACUUCCCUCAUUGCUCUCCCCUCCAGCCUUGCUGAGAUGAUUAACGCCCAAAUUGGUGCCAAGAAGGGAUGGACUGGUCAGUACACCAUUGACUGCGCCAAGCGCUCCUCCUUGCCCGAUGUGACCUUCGCUCUGAGCGGCCACAACUUCACCAUCUCUGCCUUCGACUACACCCUUGAGACCCAGGGAUCGUGCAUCAGUGCCUUCAUGGGCAUGGACUUCCCUGAGCCAGUUGGUCCUCUGGCCAUCCUGGGUGACUCCUUCCUGCGCAAGUGGUACAGCGUAUAUGACCUUGGCAACAGUGCCGUUGGUCUUGCCAAGGCCAAGUAAACUGGUGGGCUCCAGGAGCGUAACCUCACGUUAUGAACGCCAGAUGAAGGGGAUGAUAUCACAUAUAUUAGCUCGAACCCCUAGCGCGCAGUAAUCAUCGUUAGGAAAUGAUUUCAAGAAUUGUUUGCAUUCGAACUCAGUUGUUGCCUUUUCAGUCAGUCCAUGUCGUGUGUCUACCGAUCCGUGUUUACUUCCGAGAGUACUUCGUAAUCAAUCCUGUACGAGUCCAAGUGUUCAGCAUAAUAAACAAUUUCUCUCGAAUGGAGAGAGGACAGCAACAAUGCGGGGA